GUCAAACGCAGAUGGCUUAGCUGCGAUUUGCGAGUGUCGGCUCACUUGACCGCAGUGAAAUUUCUAGUGGGGAAGUCAAGUGUCUGAACAACUGUAUAAGUCGAUGUCCUUUGUUAGCUAGUACUGACAUAUUUAGUUGUGUGUAAUAUGAACAAUUUACCAUAGAUACUGUCCAUGUUUGAUUAGGUCAAAUGAGUUCAGGUCGCAAGCAUGGCGCAAUAAUGUGCAAAACUCGACUCAACUGAUUGGAUUGGGACUGCCAUUGCCUUGGACUUUCAUGUUGAUGUAGGAAUCACAUUUGUGACCGAAGGUCUUUGUCUUCUCUCUCAGACACAAUGGCAGAAGAGGAGCCUUACCUACCUCACCAACCGUACAACUUUGACAUAGAUCCACUAUGGGAUCCCCUGAAUUUCCCUCCCAUGUCACACUCCAACUCACUCCGGACAGUUACAGCAGAUGGGCCCUACCUCCAAAUCAUUGAACAGCCUAAACAGCGGGGCUUCAGGUUUCGUUAUGGCUGUGAGGGACCUUCUCACGGCGGGCUACCAGGGGCCUCUAGUGAGAAGAACAGAAAGUCCUAUCCCAAUAUCAAGAUCUGUAACUAUCAGGGGAUGGCACGUGUGGUGGUACAGCUGGUGACCAACUCUAAAGAUGCCCACCUCCAUGCCCACAGUCUGGUGGGCAAGCAGUGUGACAAGGGCAUCUGCAUCGCAGACCUACAGCCAAAAGACUCCAGCAUCAGUUUCCCCAACUUGGGCAUCCUCCACGUGACCAAGAAGAACGUGAGUAAGACGCUGGAGGACCGUAUGUCUGAGGCCUACAGGAUGGGCUACAACUGCGGUAUCGUCAUCCAUCCCGAGAUGGACGCCUUCCAGGGAGAGUUCCGCAUCCCCCGAGAGCUCACUGAUCACCAGAGAAAUCUGAUCAGCAGCGCAGCGUCCUACCAGGCUAAAGAGAUGGACCUGAGCGUGGUGCGCCUCAUGUUCACAGCCUUCCUCCCAGACAGUGACGGGGGCUUCUCCCGUAGACUGGACCCCGUCAUAUCAGACCCCAUCUUCGACAGCAAAGCUCCAAAUGCAUCUAACCUGAAGAUAGUGCGGAUGGACCGAACAGCUGGCUGUGUGACGGGAGGAGAGGAGGUCUACCUGCUCUGUGACAAGGUUCAGAAAGAUGACAUCCAGGUGCGCUUCUAUGAGGAUGACGAGACAGGGCUGACAUGGGAGGCCUUUGGGGACUUCUCCCCCACCGAUGUCCACCGACAGUUUGCCAUUGUUUUCAAGACCCCCAAAUACAGAGACCUGAACCUCCAGAAACCCACCUCGGUGUUUGUGCAGCUGAAGCGUAAAUCGGACAAUGAGACGAGCGAGCCCAAGCCCUUCACAUACCAUCCGCAGAUCAUAGAUAAGGAAGAAGUGCAGAGGAAGAGACAGAAGACCCUGCCUAACUUCCAGGACUACAGUGGCCACGGUGGAGCAGGGGGCCUGUACCGGGGACCAGGGGGGGGGGGUCCCGCUACAGGGGGAGGAGGAGGUUUCUUCCAGGGCUAUUCCACCUACAAUAAUUAUGGCACCAGCUACAACUCUGGCUUUUCCCCUGGCAUGAGUGGUGGCGGGGCAGGAAUUAAACAUGCUCCACAAGGCAGAGCGGAGGACAGUGGUGAUGACAGUGACAUGGAUGAUGACCCGGCCUCAGGGACAGUGGUGGGGGUCCGAGCCAAGUCAGAGGAUGCCUCGGCUGGGGAGACGAGUGAGGAGAGCGGGGCCGGUGUGGAGCUAGGACCAGGGGACAGGACUGGAGAGUGUGUGCUGGUGGCCAGGCUGGUGGAUGUUGCUGAGAGGCAGGCUGAAGCCCUCUUCCAGUACGCCGUCACUGGUGACGUCAGCUACCUGCUGGCUCCACAGCGCCAGCUCAUGACUGCUCAGGACGAGAACGGUGACACUGGUCUCCAUCUGGGGGUGAUCCACAGCCAGACAGACGCAGUCAGGAGUCUAGCCCAGGUCCUCUCUGCCCUGCCUGGAGAGGAGGUCCUUAACAUGAGAAACAACCUCUACCAGACUCCUUUGCACAUAGCGGUGAUAACACAGCAGAAGGCGGCAGCUGAGGCCCUCUUAUUGGCUGGGGCUGAUGUCACACUGUGUGAUCGCCACGGAAACACAGCUCUUCACCUGGCCGCCCAGCAGAAGGAGGGAGGUAUGGUGGGAUUUCUACUGAGACACAGAGAGAUAGUGGAACUAGUGGACCUCCCCAACACAGCAGGACUGUGCUCCCUCCACCUGGCUGUGCUUGCCAACAGCCUGUGUUCCCUCAGGGACCUCCUGGUGAACGGGGGCAGUGUGGAGGUCCAGGAGAGGAGCUGUGGCCGCACGGCGCUCCAUCUGGCCACUGAGCUGGACAACGUCUCCCUGGCAGGCUGCCUGCUACUGGAGGGGAAUGCUGAUGUGGACUGCUGCACCUACAACGGUUCCAGCCCUCUCCAUACAGCCACAGGGCGGGGCUCUGUCAAGCUGACCGCUCUCCUCAUGGCUGCAGGUGCCGAUCCUCACAAAGAAAACUUUGAGCCCCUGUUCUUCAGAGAGCAUGACUGCUGUGUGGAUGAGGAAGAGGAGGAGGAGGACGAAGGCUACAUCCCAGGGACAACUCCUCUCAACAUGGCUGCCACUCCUGAGGUGUUGGAAAUCUUGAAUGGAAAAGAGUACAAGCCCGAGACCAACGCCUUCGUCUUCGUCCCCCCUCAAGGUGACAUGCAGAGCCUGGGCUCAGACACAAAGCGGGCACUAUGCCAGGCUCUGGAGUGCCCGGAGGAUGGCUGGGAGAUGCUGGCACACAUACUGGGCCUGGGCAUCCUCAACAGUGCCUUCAGACUCAGCUCCUCCCCCGCAAGCACGCUGCUGGACAGCUACGAGGUGUCUGGAGGAAAGGUCAAGGACCUUUUGGAGGGACUCAGGACUGUAGGGAACUGCUCUGCUUUGACAGUACUGGAGGGGGCACUGCGUGAAACAGAACAGGCUCCACCAGCCCCCCAAAGCACCACAAAACUCUUAGAACGUGUGUGUGAUCUGAAGCUGGACGGAUGGGAGGACAGCGGAGUGUGUGACAGUGGGGUGGAGCUCUCCACAGCGUGACCGCCAGAUUGGUCCUGCCCAUGUCAUGAAGCUUCUGCUUCCUAAAAGCAGGCUAUAGACAAUUUCCCUCUGAAAGGGAUGAAUCCUACAAGCACACCUCACACAUCAUGCUAAAUAUCCUCACUUUUCUAUUUGGCCCAGUAACAUUUUGAAAGUGGUUUUGUAUACGUAAAUAUAAUAUGCAGGUUGUUUGGAUAAUGUUUGCAUAAUAAGUAAUCUAUUUGAAAUGUGAUGUUUGUAUAAACAUCAUGAAUGGGUUUUAUUCGGGGGAAAAGGUGUUUCCAAGGUAACAGCAUGUAGUAUAAAUCCUUGAAACUAAUAAUUUAUGAAAGAUUCAUUGACAAUUAGAAACAAAAUAUGAUCUGAUAUUUUCUCCUCCCACUAUUUAGUCAUAGUUAAACAAGCAGCCAAUUCUAAUAACAAAUGUUUUGUAUGGCCCUCCGGACUUUGCAAAGUCCAUCUGGCCCCGGGGGAAAAUGAUUUCCAACACCUGAUUUAUAGGGCAAUGACCCCAUACAGAAUGUAUUUUAACUGUAAACCGCUUUGGAUUAAUUAUAUGAAAUUAAAAUUGCCCCUAUACAGCAGUAGUAUGCUGCCAAAGGGAUAGCUCAUUGUUAUGAAUCUCCCACUCAUAAAAAGUGAUUCCAUACCUGUGGAAAUGCUAAACAUGGAUAAAAUGGUUUGUAUUGGAACCAAGCAACCAUUAACACCUCCCUCCUGCAAUUUUUUUGUAUCGUGUACAAAGUCAAAUUGAAUUUCCUAUGGAAGUGGUGCUACCAGUCAUUUAUAAGUAUAAUGGAUUAUCCUCCACUAUGCAUGUCUGUUAGAGCUCAAUCCUCAUCCUGGACUACAGUACAGAAACCACUUUUGGAUAUCCUUUAGUUAAUUCCUAUGUAGACAUGCUUUUCUCCAUGUAUCUGUAUUGAGUUGGGGGGUAAACUCAGUUUUGGAAGCCAUUUGUUUCUGGUUGUGUGUAAUUUGCAGGUCAAUUUUUUUUAAAUCAAAUGUUGAGUUCUGCGUGAAGAUUGGAGAACAGCCUUAUUUUCUUCCCAAUUUUGUAAUGAAGUAUUCAGCGUCCCCAUUGAUAUUUCAUGUUAUCAACAGCAGAUUGAAAGACAUUUGUUUCAUACAAGUUUGAUGCCAUUCCAACAUCUUCCUGACAACACUGGCAUUUUUAGACAUUAAAAUGUGUAUCUGUCCCAAGCAAAAGUUUGGAUUGGCACUGCAUCACUGUGUGGGGCUUCAAUAUUUAUACCAGUACCAUGUGAAACAGCUUUGUACAGUCAAUGUUCGCUUUAAUGGGUUUUAUUGUGAUACUUUUUUAAUAAAAUUGUUAAUGGUGUGCAA